AUUUUUUUUUAACGCGGAAGCGGCGAAGCAAAAGCGAGAACGAGGCGAACCAAAGUUUAAUGUUAGUUACAUUCAUUACAUCAUCGCUAUCUUUUUUUUUUCUUCCACCGGGAUAGACGGUAACAAUUUAAUUAAUACUGUCAAAGCGACAAGGCUAGAUGUAACAUUAUUUCCUAAGUACCUUUUUUCAUCUAAUUUUUUAUCGUCUACCGUAGCCCUAAUUACGGAGUUAAGCAUUGCGACAAGCUCCUACGUAACUGGCAUCGUAUCCGACAUCGCGCGGACCUCGCGUACGAUACAUCCAUCCAUCCCAUACCCACGUACCCAUCGCAUGUAAGGAGACAAGCAACCAAGCUAGUAAGCUAACUCUAGCUAUACCGUACAAUGCCGAUCCUCGCUCGAGCUUCCCCCGGUCGUGCUCUACGUCCCUUCGUAUGCCAAUCGUGCCAACAGUCCCUGCGCCGGCAGCAACGGCAAUUCUCCGUCUCCUCGAGCCGUGCGACAACAACUACGCCGCAUCCUUCGCCCCCUACACCCCCUCCGUCCGGCUACGCACAUCUUACCUCUCGCCGAUUGAUCAGCGUUGCCGGUCCCGACGCCCCGAAAUUCCUACAUGGGAUCAUCACACAGUCUGUGAUAGACGAACCUGCGACAAGCGGCGGGAGACACAGACAUAAUGCGCCGCCGAGGAUUGAAGCUACCAUGGCCAAUGCGCCUGGUUUUUAUGCGGGAUUCUUGAAUGCGACGGGUCGUGUGUUACACGAUAUCUUUGUAUACCGGGAUACUUUGGGCUUGUACGGGACAGUUACAGCGGGAGAUAACGAGGCCUUCAUUGUCGAGGUAGAUGCCACGCAGGUGGAUACGCUGGCUAGGCAUAUCAAAAGAUACAAGCUUCGGAGUAAGCUGCAAUUUUGGGUCUUGGAAGAGGGCGAAUGCGCGGCUUGGCAAGUAUGGGACGAUUCCUUAUCCUCGUCCCUACCCCCGCCGUCUACGCCGCACCAACAGUUACAACGGCUACUCUUGGAAAAAGCUCCGUCGCGACUAUCCCAACUAAAGGACAGUAUCAUAUUGCCUGAUACACGCGCGCCGGGCCUAGGGUACCGCGUGAUAAGACGCGGAGAGGGAGGACUGGAUUUGGACCUCAACCGAGCCGAUGACGCGGCGUACCGUGUAAGGCGAUAUCUCCAUGGCGUAGCAGAGGGCCAAGCCGAGAUUUCGCGCGAGCAAGCUUUACCCCUCGAAUCCAACAUGGACGUUGAGGGUGGCAUCGAUUUCCGUAAGGGAUGUUACGUCGGCCAGGAACUCACUAUCCGCACCAAGCACCGAGGCGUUGUGCGUAAGCGCAUACUACCAUGUCUCCUAUAUCCGACUUCGUCCUCCCCACCUCCACCGCAGAGCUUGGAGUACAGACCCUCUAUUAGCGAAGGAGACGAGAGUCAAGCUCUGUCAGCACAAGAUAUCCCCUCAAAUCUAAGCAUUGGUCGAUAUGGGGCAAAGGGCCGCAGUGCGGGGACUUGGUUGACAGGACUCGGGAAUGUGGGGCUCGCGUUGUGUCGACUUCAGAUUAUGACGGAUGUCGAACUACCGGGUGAAACGGCGGCCGGAGCAUCGUAUGACCCGAGUAAAGAUGAGUUUGUCGUGAAAUGGGGUGCAGAGGAACAGAGUGAGAGUGGUGCGCAGUCGGCCAAGAUAAAGGCAUUUGUGCCAGAUUGGCUUCGUGAGAGGUUGCGUGAGAAUGAUGCUUCUAGUCCCGCGCAUUAGAGAAGGUAGCGCUUGAGCCCUUGUUUAUAUGUAGAAAUCAGUAUAUAUCACAACUCUGAAGAUUAUGAAUUCUUACGAAGAUUAAGAUGAACUUACGGUAGUUAUCACACCACGCAAAUAUAAAUUUGUACACCAAUA